UCAUCCCUCCCCUCUGCUUUGACAUUCUUUCUGCAUCUUUCUUUUCACUUCCCAUCUGUCCCUGCUGCCUCCCCAUCAGGCUAAGGGAUGCUGCCGUUUGCUAGCCUAAUAUGGGCCAUUGCUGCUGCAGGCUUCAUUUUCUCCCUCUCUGCUGUCUGGACCAAACGAAUGAGAGCGCCAUUGUAAAAGAGAGGGAGCUGUCCCUGGAGCUCCGCAGAAUCAGGGAUGAAGUUGCUGUUAGUGUCGCGCACUGGGAGCAGCUGCAGCAGGAGAAGGAGGAUCAGGAGCACCGUUUUGAGGCUGAGCUGCAGGGGCUGCAGGCUCAGCAGCGGAGCGAGCUGGGAGCGCUGGAGGAGAGGCUGAAGGCUCGGCACGCAGAGGAGACCGAGAGCCUGCAGGCCCAUCAGCGAGCUGAGCUGGAGGAGCUACAGUUCAGACACCAGGAGCAGCUUGAGGAGAUGACAGAGAAUCAUGAGGCAUCUUUGACAGAGAUGGAGACAGCCCACAAUGACACUUUGGACACUUUGCAGGAGGAGCAUGCAAGGACAGUAAAGAAUCUGAAAAUGGCUCAUGAACAACAGAAAAAGUCUCUAGAGGAAGAGUUUGAGAAGAUCAGACUUUCACUCCAGGAUCAGGUGGACACGCUUACGUUUCAGAACCGCAGCCUGAGAGAUCGAGCCAAACGCUUUGAAGAAGCUCUUCGUAAGAGCACAGAUGAGCAGAUAGUUGACGCUUUGGCUCCAUAUAAGCAUAUUGAUGAGGACCUGAAGAGCCUUAAAGAAGUUCUGGAGAUGAAGAAUCAACAAAUUCAUCAACAGGAGCUGAAGAUUUCUGAACUGGAGAAAAUACAGGCUGAAAAGAAUGUGCACCUAGAGGAGAGACUGCAAGUGUUGCAGCAGCAGAACGAAGACCUGAGAGAGCAGAUAGACAAGAAUCAAGCUGUGUCCAGGCAACUCUCUGAAGAGAACGCCAACCUGCAGGUGCACGUGGAGAUGGAGAGCAAAGAGAAGAAGCGUCUGAGCCGCACCAACGAGGAGCUGCUGUGGCGUCUGCAGACAGGCGAGCUGAGUCCACACAUGACCCCCAGCUCCUCCCCCAUCCACCACCCAGCCUCUGGACCGGGCUCCCCCGCCCGCCCCCACUCCUACCACCAGUGACUGUUUGUACCAAACAUCUUAUUUUAUCAGUGUUUUGUUUAACUCUGAAAAAAUGUUCCUCUGUUUUAAAGGAAUAUUAUACAAUCAGUGGACAAAGA